AUGAGUCUGCUGAGGCCCAGCGGGCUGAAGGCCCCCACCAAGAUCCUCAAGCAUGGGAGCUGGGCCCUGAAGGCGCCCUCGGCCGCGGCUGCUCCCGUUGAGAAGUCCGUGCCUGGGGAGAAAACCCCCAGCGCCCCCUCCUCGGAGACGCAGGAGGAGUUUGUGGACGACUUCCAGGUCGGGGAACGAGUCUGGGUGAAGGGGAACAAGCCUGGAUUCAUCCAGUUCCUCGGGGAGACCCAGUUUGCCCCUGGUCAGUGGGCCGGGAUCGUCUUGGACGAGCCCAUCGGCAAGAACGACGGCUCGGUGGCGGGUGUGCGCUACUUCCAGUGCGAGCCGCUGAAGGGCAUCUUCAUCCGGCCGUCCAAGCUGAGCAGGAGCUGGCAGGCCGACGAUGAGACCAACGGCCUGCAGCCAGCGCCUGCUGCCCGGGCCACACCGCCCCUGUCGGCCGCCCCGGCCCCUGCGGCCGCCCCGAAGGCACCCCAGCCCUCCGCGAAGGAGGCACCGGCCACCCCUCACAUCAGCAACCUGACCAGGACGGCCAGCGAGUCCAUCUCCAACCUCUCGGAGGCUGGCUCCCUCAAGAACGGGGAGCAGGAGCUGAAGCUCGGGGACCGGGUGCUGGUGGGAGGCGUGGAGGCCGGUGUGGUGCGCUUCCUCGGGGAGACGAACUUCGCCAAGGGGGAUUGGUGCGGCGUGGAGCUGGACAAGCCGCUGGGCAAGAACGAUGGCGCCGUGGCCGGAACGAGGUACUUCCAGUGUCAGCCCAAGUACGGCUUGUUUGCUCCCAUUCACAAAGUCACCAAGAUCGGCUUCCCCUCCACGACGCCGGCCAAGGCCAAGGCGGCCCCCGCGAGGCGUGUGAUGGCCACCACCCCCGCCAGCCUGAAGCGCCGCCCGUCGGCCUCCUCGCUCAGCUCCGUGAGCUCCGUGGCCUCAUCCGUGAGCAGCAGGCCCAGCCACACGGGACUAUUGCCAGAAACCUCCUCUCGCUAUGCCUGCAAGAUCUCCAGCACAACCGCCCUCCAGGAGGCGCUGAAGGAGAAGCAGCAGCACAUUGAGCAGCUGCUGGCCGAGCGAGACCUGGAGCGGGUGGAGGUGGCCAAGGCCACGAGCCAUGUGGGGGAGAUAGAGCAGGAGCUGGCCCUGGGGGACGGGCACGACCAGCACGUCCUGGAGCUGGAGGCCAAGAUGGACGAGCUGCGGGCCAUGCUGGAAGCGACCGACUGGGAGAAGGUGGAGCUGCUGAACCAGCUGGAGGAGGAGAAGAGGAAAGUGGAGGACCUCCAGUUCCGAGUCGAAGAGGAGUCCAUCACCAAAGGCGACCUGCAGAAGGAGGUGAAGGCCCUGCAGGCGGCCUCCGAGAAGCUCGCCAAGGAGAACGAGGGGCUGAGAACUAAGCUGGACCAUGCCAACGAGGAAAACACGGACGUGAUCGCCCCGUGGAAGUCCAAGCUGGAGACGGCCAUCGCCCCGCACCAACAGGCCAUGGGCGAGCCGAAGGCGUCCGUGAGCCGGGGCGUGGGCGCCGAGGCGGCCGAGCUGGCCGAGCUCAAGAUGCAGAUGGAGAGGCUGCAGUUCGAGUACCAGCAGGAGGUAGAGAACUCGAAGGCCCAGCAGGUGGCUGAGCGUGCAGCGCACGCCUUUGAGCUGCAGACGCUCAGGUCGCGGCUGGUCAGGACAGCCCAGGAGCAGAAGAACAGCCUGGAGGCCGCGCGGGCCAAGCUCGACCAGACCGAGGACCAGCACCUGGUGGAGAUGGAGGACGCCCUGAACAAGCUGCAGGAGGCCGAGACGAAGGUAACGCACCUGGAGGGGUUGCGGGCCAUGUGUAGGCAGCAAGCCCAGGCCCUGGCCGACGCCACGGCGCAGCUGGAGGCCACCCAGCAGAAGCUCUUGCAGCUCGAUGGGCUCCGAAAGGCCAGUUGAGGUCAAUUGGGAAUGGAGAAGCUCAGGCAGCAGCUCCAGGUGGCUGAGCAGCAGAUUCAGGAGUUAGAGAAUGCAAAGCGGGCCGAGAGUGGCAGGUUGGCCGAGAGCCUGGCCGAGGAGCUGCAGGGGAAGGAGCUAGCGCUUCGUAGUCUUCAGGAGAACUUGAACGAAGUCAGUCGAGUGAAGGAGGCUUUGGAGAAAGAGGUGGACGUGAGCCGCAGCCAGUCCCAGGCUCUGCAGGCCGAGCACGCCAAGCCCACCACGGAGAGCCAGGCGCAGCACGAGGAGGCGCUGCAGGCCCUGCAGAAGCUGCUGCUGCAGGCGGAGGAGAAGCUGCAGGCGGUGCAGGCGGAGAACGGGAGCCUGCUGCGGGAGGUGGCCAAGCUGAAGACGCAAGCCGACAAGGCCAAGUCAUUAACUUACCUAAUAACAUCAGAGGAAAUUGAGCUGAUGUCGGAGGAUCGCAGGGCCCUGAGGUCAGAGAAUCAAUUACUGGCGAAGGAGAAGCUCUCUCUGAAGUCAGAGAGAGAGUCAUUGCUAUUGAAGUUGAAGGAAGCGGAGGCCAAAAACUCUUCGCUGCGGGAAGAGCAGAGGAAGCUCUGGCUGUUGAACCAAGCGAUUCUUUUCGAUAAAGAGAAGGUCAUCGAGGCCAGGCGGGCCGCAGAGAAGCUCUGGCAGGAGGAGCAGCUCGGCCGAGAAGCCCUCGAGGCAGAGAAAGAGAAAGUGCUGGAAGAAGCCAGGGCGGUGCAGGAGGAGCUCCAGAGGGUGGGCGCGGAGAACGACACCCUGCAGGUCGCCAAGGUGGGGCUGCAGGCCCUGGUGGAGGAGCUGCAGAUGAGCAAGAGCAGCCUGGUGGCUGAGUGUAAGAAGGGCCUGGAGGAGAGGGGCCAGCUGGAGGAGCAUGUCAAGAAGCUGGUUCUGGAGAACCUAUCCCUGGCCAAGGACAAGGACAACAUCAUCCAGAAGCUGCAGUGCUCCUAUCAUGAGCUGGCUUGGGAUCAGAAGUCGCUGGCGCAAGAGAUCGAGGAGCUCACGGCCGAGAAAGAGUCGGCCCUCGAGAAGCAGUUGGAGCUCGACAGCCUGUGCCUGGCCCUGAAGCUGGAGCGUGACGGCCUGGCUCAGAGGAACAAGGAGCUGCAGCUCGAGAAGGACCUGCUGCGCCAGGAGCAGGAGAAGCUGGGCGCCAGCCUGGAGGCGGCGCUGCAGGCCAAGGAGCUGCUGGGCACCGAGGCCAGCUGCCUGCGCACGCAGCUGGACGAGGCCACCAAGACCGUGCACAAGGCCGAGCUGGAGGCGCUGCAGCAGGAGCUCCAGGGGCUGGCGGAGGCCAGGGACGCAGCCCGCAGCCUGGAGAAGACACACGCCAGCGUGCUGCAGGCCAAGGAGGCGCUCGACGCCGAGCGGCAGGAGGAGUGCCGGCGGCUGGCGGAGGACAGGCUCGCGGCACAGCAGGCCCUGGUGCAGGAGCGGGAGGCCCGCGCCCAGGAGACCCAGGCGGCCGCCCACAAGGCCAGCCAGCUGCGAGGCCGCCUGGUGCUGCUGGAGCAGGAGGUGGAGGAGCUGCGGGCGCGUGCCCAGGGGCUGCAGGCCGAGCACCUGGACCUGCUGGAGGAGAAGGCGCGGUCAGAAGAGAAGGUGGCCGAGAUCCUGCGGGAGAAGGAGCAGCUGGCCGGCAGUUACUUCCUCCUCCAGAAGGAGGUCAGUCGGCUGGCCCAGACCAGCAGCCACGUCUCGGCCAACCUCCUGGAGGCCCAGAAGGAGAACCGCAUACUGAGGAAGGACAAGAUCAGGCUCACCUUCAAGAUCAGAGAGCUCAAGACGCUGCACUCUUUUACGGCUGUGCAGACAGCGGAAGAUGCCAGGCAUUUUAUGCAGCAACUGUCCCAGGAGAAGACAGAGACCCUGGCCUCCCUGGAGGACACCAGGAACACCAAUGCAAACUUGCAGAAUGAGAUCGAUUUCCUGAAUUCCGUGAUCGUGGACCUCCAAAGAAAGAAUCAGGACCUCAAGAUGAAAGUGGAGAUGAUAUCCGAGGUGGCUCUCGACGGGAACGGGGACGACUCAACAAUUACGACGACAACUUCGGCCCGGCCACCCCAUUCUCUGCACUGUGCAGCAAUCACCAGCACUUGAAGGAUGACAUAACCAGCUAUUUGUGAAACACCUAGAAUAACCAUUUUACUGUCUUUACAAGGUUUACAUUUUUCACUGUGGUUUUAGAUGAAUGUAUGAUGAGAAAUUCAACAUUACUAAUUUUGGAUUUUCUUACCACAAAAAGAUUGAAUGAAGGACCUCAACCAUCAGAAGUUUAUCAUCCAGUUUCAAUCUAUUUUUCUUUAUUUGAAUGUUUUCUAGUUCUGUCAAAAGUGAUAAUGUACCAUCCAGGCUACAUGUAUAAUAAGAACUUCUAUAAUUAUAUGUAUGAUUUUGAUGUAUUUUCCUCUGGAGAUUAUCAGCUGUCUGACAAGUGAAAGAUCUGGAUCCAUUGAAAUUUUUAGUAAUGACCAUUAUUGAAAUUGUUUCACAAACUAUGUAAAGCAGUAUUAAAAUUUGAGCAAGCAAGUGUUCUAUAUCUACUUUAAUAAAAUUAUUUAUU